CACAACACAAAGAUCUUGAUGCAUUUUCGACGAUGAUGAAUGCUGGAAGAGACCCAACAAACCAACAACCAGUCCAUUGACAAACCAACAACUACAUACAACCAAGUCCAAGUAAAUAGAACCGAGACAGACAGACACGGCUUGCUAGCCAGCUAGCCAGGAAAGCAAGAUCAUCAGCUGGCAAAUGACAGGGAGUUCUUUGCCUCACUACUACUACGCAUACUUGUCCAGCAAGACCAGUCGCCAUGUCCUGAUCGGAUCGAUUGCUGUGUUGAUCCUCUGGAGAUUGGCACACGACACAGUCUUCCAGAAGAAACAACCCUUGAUUAUUCGCUACGAAAAUCACAUUUUAGAAUCGUCGCAUCCUCGCUGUUCCCCACGGAUUGGUCCCAACACUACCGUUCUGUUGGUCCGUGGCCCCACAUGGCAACAAUUUCACGGCCCAAGCAAGUCGGUGAAACGAGGAGGGGAAGCCUACGUCUUUGCGUCGUUGGAUUGGGCACUGCAACAAUUGGGCGUCACGGUCGUCCAAACGGAACAAUCGUUGGAAGAAUUGGGUUUGACCGAAUUGCAAAAAUACAAUCGCAUCAUUGCCAAUGGACUCGAAUGGCCGCUCGAGCGAAAGCACAGUGUCGUGUGUCGUCAUCGACCACUGCAUUUUUGGGGCAAUUGGAAAGGCACCGAUGGUCAUCCAUAUGUGCCCAAACAAGUUCUCUCGCCAUUUCCCGAUGAUUACAAUACAUUUUUGGGAUUCUUUAUGCAUGCUGUGCUACUGGAAACACCCGCACAACAACGACGCAUCCCGGCAACGACACGACACAAACAAGGACUCAUUGUCGGAAAAAUACCCGAAUUGUUCACAUCCGAACGAGUACGGCCGGUUCUAGAAGCUCUCAUCGAAAAUGGAUUUGUCCUCUACUCGGUCUGCAAAGCUCCCCACCAUUGUGGACUACCAUCACAAGUCCUCAUUCCACCAGCGCCCAUGGGACCCGUCGAAUACGCCCAAUUCAUGUCCGAAAUGGCCUUUCUCAUUGGAUUCGGGGAUCCCAUUAUAUCCCCGUCCCCAUUGGAAGGAUUGGCCCAUGGCGCUGCCUGGUUGAAUCCCCACAAGGAAUACACGUCGCCCACAAGAGAACAAGCCGCCAGAGACGUGCUGGACAAGGAACCGUAUUGGCAUUGGACCCAUCCGACACCGUUGAAUACGCAACACAAUCCACUGGCAUUACUGGGCGCCCCCUAUGUGUACAAUAUUCACUUGGAAAAUGUGACACAAGUCCUCGCGGCGGCGCAUCAUGCCGUCCAGUAUCGAUUUCAAUCCUAUGUUCCACCCGAGUUUCGCCCCGAAGCCAUGAUUGCCAGAGCGUGUGCCAUGCUGGAAGACGAUUCCAUUUGCGAGUGUCCAUACCAUAAUAGUGUGGAUUGUCGGGCCAGUUCGUACAUGCGAAAUCCACCCCAUCAAGAAUAA